AUGAUGCCUGAGGAAAAAACCCAGACGAGGAGGAAGAGGAAAGAACAGGUAAUGGCUCUUUCUCAGGGACGGUUGACAUUCAAAGAUGUGGCCAUUGAAUUCACUCCCGAGGAGUGGGAGUGCUUGGACCCUGCUCAGAGGGCCUUGUACAGAGAAGUGAUGGUGGAGACCCUCAGAAACCUGCUCUCUGUGGAUACCUCUCCUAGACGUGUGAUGAAGGGAUCAGCACCAAAACAGAGCAGUCACACAGGAGGGAUCCUGCAGACAGUGUUGUCAGAAAGGCACAAAAGCCAUGACACCAAGGACCAUGGCUGCCAGAAAAUCCAGAAAAAUGUGUUCUCACGGGAAAGUGAUAAAAGUAAUCAGAAGGGAGUACCUGCCUCCCAUCCAAAAAAUCUCAUUUGUCAAAGAGACGAAGGAAACAAGCCAAUUGAAAGCAGGCUGGCAAUCAGCUUUCCGUCAUAUCUGACUGGACUGCCCGUCUUCCCAGCCGAAGGGCAGUUUUAUGUGUAUCAUCAGGUUGAGAAGGCUGACAACACAGGAGCCUCCUUUUCAGUACUUCCAAGAAUUGUUCCUACUGUCCAGAUCAACGUUUCUAAUGGAUACGGGAUCAGUUUCUGGCAUUCUCCAUUACUCAUACAAGACCAGAAAGCACAUGUUCGGGAAGGCCCUUACAGACGCAACCCGGAUGACAAAGCAGUUCAUGACAGCUCCCAGCGCCCCAGCCGUCAGGCGACCCAUGGAGGGGUGAGGCCUCACACAUGUAACGUGUGUGGCAAAGCCUUUCAUCAGAGCUCACAUCUCACUCGACAUCAAAGAAUCCACACAAGAGGGAAGCAUCACAAGUGUGAAGAGUGUGGUAAGGGCUUUAGUUACAGUUCACACCUUGUACGCCACCGCAGAAUCCAUACCGGAGAGAGACCUUACCAGUGCAGCGAGUGUGACAAAGCCUUCAGUGUGCUUUCAAGUCUUAUUUAUCACCAGGUCGUCCACACUAGAGAGAAACCUUACAAAUGUAAUGAAUGCGACAAAGUCUUCAGUCAGAGUUCAAGCCUUACCAAUCAUCGCAGAAUCCAUACCGGAGAGAAACCUUACAAAUGUGAUCAAUGUGGCAAAGCCUUUAACCAGAGCUCGCAUCUCACCAGACAUCAAGUCAUGCACACCGGAGAGAAGCCUUACAAGUGUGAUGAGUGUGGCAAGGUCUUCACUCAGAACUCUAGCCUUGUAAGUCACCGGAGAAUUCACACUGGGGAGAAACCCUACCAGUGUAACGAGUGUGGCAAAGCAUUUGGUGUGUAUUCGAGUCUGACUUAUCAUCAGGUAACCCACACUAGAGAGAAACCUUACAAAUGUAAUGAAUGUGGCAAGGUCUUCAGUCAGAGUUCAAGCCUUCCCAGUCAUCGCAGGAUUCAUACUGGAGAGAAACCGUACAAAUGUGAUCAGUGUGGCAAAUCCUUUAUUCACUGCUCAAACUUCAAUAGACAUAAGAAAAUCCAUACUGGAGAGAAACCUUACAAAUGUGACGAAUGUGGCAAGGUCUUCACUCAAAACUCAAGCCUCAUGAGUCAUCGGAGAAUUCAUGCUAGGGAGGAAAAACCUUAUAGGUGUAAUGACUGUGACAGAACCUUUACUCAUGUCUCACACCUCACUAAACAUCGGGUAGUCCAUACAGGAGAGAGGCCAUACAAAUGUGAUACAUGUGGCAAGGACUUCAGUCAGAGUUCGAACCUUGCAACUCAUCGAAGAAUUCAUACUGGAGAGAAACCUUACAAAUGUAAUGAGUGUGGCAAGGUUUUUAAUAGAAAAUCAAACCUUGAAACUCAUCAGAGAAUUCAUACUGGAGAGAAACCAUACAAAUGUAAUGUGUGUGGCAAAGCCUUUAGAGUGUGUUCAAGCCUCAGGAGCCAUCAAAGAAUUCAUACUGGAGAGAAGCCAUACAAGUGUACUGAAUGUGGCAAGGGCUUCAGGCAAUGGUCUGAUAUCAAAAUUCACCAAAGAAUCCAUGCUGGAGAGAAACCUUUCAAAUGUAGCGAGUGUGGCAAAUCCUUUACUCGGAGUUCACACCUCACUAGACAUCAAACCAUCCAUACUGGAGAGAAACCAUAUAAAUGUGAGGUCUGUGACAAGGUCUUCAGUCGGAAUUCACAUCUUGCAGGUCAUCGGAGAAUUCAUACCGGGGAAAAACCUUACAAAUGUAAUGAGUGUGGGAAAGCCUUUAGUGAUCGUUCAAGCCUAACUUACCAUCAGGUAAUUCAUACUGGAGAGAAGUCUUACAAAUGUAAUGAAUGUGGCAAAGCUUUUAUUAAGCCUUCAUAUCUUAGGCAUCAUGAGAGGAUUCAUACUGGAGAGAGGCCAUACAAGUGUACUGAAUGUGGCAAGGCUUUUAUAAAGCCUUCACAUCUUAGAUAUCAUGAGAGGAUUCAUACUGGAGAAAAACCAUACAAGUGUACUGAAUGUGGCAAGGCCUUUCAGCAAUGUGUAAAUGCAAGGCUUGUAGUUCAUCAGAGACUUCAUACUGGAGAGAAACCAUAUAAAUGUGAUGUGUGUGGCAAGGCCUUUAGUGUAAAUGCAAGGCUUGUAGUUCAUCAGAGAGUUCAUACUGGAGAGAAACCAUAUAAAUGUGAUGUGUGUGGCAAGGCCUUUAGUGUAAAUGCAAGGCUUGUAGUUCAUCAGAGAGUUCAUACUGGAGAGAAACCAUAUAAAUGUGAUGUGUGUGGAAAGGCCUUUACUCGCAAAGAAAGCCAUGCACUUCAUCAGAUCCUUCAUACUGGAGAGAAACCAUAUACAUGUGAAGUAUUUCAUCAGACCCUUCAUACUGGAGAGAAACCAUAUACAUGUGAAGUAUGUGGCCGUGGCUAUACUCAAAAGUCAAAACUUGUAAUUCAUUGGAGAAUUCAUAGCGGAGAGAAACCAUAUAAAUGUGAUGUAUGUGGCAAGGCCUUUAGUGUAAAUGCAAGGCUUGUGGUUCAUCGGAGAGUUCAUACUGGAGAGAAACCAUAUAAAUGUGAUAUGUGUGGAAAGGCUUUUAGUCGAAAUUCAGGCCUUGUAGUUCAUCAGAGAGUUCAUACUGGAGAGAAACCGUGUAAAUGUGAUAUAUGUGGACAGGCCUUUCGUCGAAAUUCAAUCCUUACUGCAAACCUUGCAUUUCAUCAGAGAAUUCAUCCUGGAGAGAAACCAUAUAAAUGUGAUCUCAGCCUUGUGCUGCUCCGGCUCUCCUCCACCACCCACCCCCUGACGGCCUGGCCCCACCUCCAGGCCUUUCAGCUAUUUGUCUGCGCGUGCGCGCACUGUGACACACGGGGAAGCGGAGAGCGGCGAGUGGAGGUCCCACCGUACCACACGCUCCUCAGGUUCUCGUGUGGGGCCUCGCCGCAGGAAUGUGCACAGGGCUCAGAUGAUAAUGAUUUGGAUCCUGCAUUGAGCACCAGGGCUCUUAGCCUCCACUUCUGA